AUGUUGCUCUUCAUCUUGCUUUCGCUCUUCAAUUUCAACCCGUCUCUGAGCUUAAAAAUUUGCUCCUUCAAUGUGAGGUCUUUCGGAGAAACAAAAAUAGCCAGACCUGAAGUCGUCGAUGCCGUGGUAAAGAUCAUUUCUCGCUGUGACAUCAUGCUGCUGAUGGAAAUAAAGGACAACAAGAACCGGGUUUGUCCUCUCCUGGUGGAGAAGCUCACCAGGCGACAUCUGGUAUCGGUGAAACAAACCUACCAGUACCCUGACACCCAGCCUGGGGACGAGGAUGCCUUCUCCAGAGAGCCCUUUGCCGUCUGGUUCCGGUCUCCAAAAACCGCUGUCAAAGAGUUUGCUAUAAUCCCUCUGCACACCACGCCGGAGACAGCAGUACGGGAGAUUGAUGAGCUCUAUGAUGUGUAUUUAGAUUUAAAACAGCGCUGGAAAACUGAGAACUUCAUCUUCCUGGGGGACUUCAAUGCUGGAUGUAGCUACGUUCCCCAAAAGCAGUGGAAGAACAUCCGGCUGAGGACUGACUCUGAAUUUGUCUGGCUCAUCGGCGACAGAAAUGACACGACGGUGAAGAGAAGCACAAGCUGCCCGUAUGACAGGAUCGUGGUCAGUGGGCAGAAGCUCAUCCACGCCAUCACGCCACACUCCGUCAAUAUCUUUGAUUUCCAGGAGGACUUUCAGAUGACGGAGGAGCAGGCGCUGGGGGUGAGCGACCACUUCCCUGUAGAGUUUGAGUUAGAAAAAAAAGGUGGCUUCUUCAACUGGCUGAAAUCGCAGUUUACAAAGAAGAGGAGACCAAGAAAGAGCCGCGGCUCGAGCUCAUGA